AUGUUUCAGGCACAGAGUGAAGGAGCAGGGAAGGCUCAGAACUUGCCUUCCUCCAGGACCAGGCUCCUCAUCGUCCAUCUCUUACUCACCACACUCAGCAAGACCACCCCGUCCACUGACGAGAGUUUGCAGCAAGAGUGGAGCUUGUUCACUAACUCAGGCACAUGCCGUGCCGAGAAGCAUAAAACCAGGAAGUCUGCUCUGCCUGAUCCUGAGUCCUCUGAAGACCCAGGCCAGGGCAAGCUUGUGAGGAGAGGGCGGCUGAUGCAGAGGGGCAUCCGGACCCUGGCCCUGCACCUGGAGAGCAAUGCCACCUUUGGAUAUUUAUGUCCCAAGGAUUUUUCCAUAACUGUCUCUCAUCAAAUGGUGUCCGUCCAUCCUGAUCUUCAGUCCCAAGGCCGGGUGGCGGCCCCAGAGGGGGAAGGACAAGGGCCGCUGGUGAAGUCAGAGAUGAUGAUUAGUGAACCUUGUCAGAAGACCAAGAGGAAGAGUGUUCUUGCCGUCGGUAGGGGAGAUGUCAAGGUCAAGUUUGAACCAAGCGUGGAUGGUCACCGAGGAGGCAGCAAUGACAUCGAGGGUGUAAACCGGGACUACCAAGACCGCCUCGGUAACUCCAUAGAGCGGGAAGGAAGCCGGGAGCGAGCCGUGCAGGAACGGUUCCAGCAUGGCGCGUCCGCUGGCCCGGAGGAAAGGACCAACAAAAGCACAGCCCUGCAGGCUCCUGCGGGAGGCAGGGAAGGGAAGGUGCUCGGCAGUGGUGGCGCAGAUGCCUUCACCAGCUUCCCCACUCAGGGGAAGUCGCCGGGACCCAACAACCCCAGUGACCUUGCAAUGGCCUCGAGGGGCCUCACGGACCUGGAGAUCGGCAUGUACGCCCUGCUCUGCGUCUUCUGCCUGGCCAUCCUGGUCUUCCUGAUCAACUGCGUGGCGUUUUCCUGGAAGUAUAGACGCAAGAGGUUCGCGGUGAGCGAGCAGGGCAACAUCCCGCACUCCCACGACUGGGUCUGGCUGGGGAACGAGGUGGAGCUGCUGGAGAACCCGGUGGACGCGGCGCUGCCCUCCCAGGAGUGCACGACCGUGCUGGACCAGGGGCUGCAGUUCGAGGAGAGGAACUUCCUGCUGAACGGCGGCUCCCAGAAGACUUUCCACAGCCAGCUGCUCAGGCCUUCUGACUACGUCUACGAGACAGAGAUGCAAAAUGAGCCCGUGAGUUCUGCAGGCCCGAAGAGGAAGCGGGUGAAGUUCACGUCCUACACCACCAUCCUCCCGGAGGACGGCGGCCCGUACACCAACUCCAUCCUGUUCCACAGCGAUGACAGCGUCACGCGGGGAUGGAGAGACUUGCGAAUGUAA